CACUCCAGUCACGUCUGGGGCCACCCGGCUGGCUCUUUCUUCUUCACCUCCCUUUGCCUUCUCCCCCCUCCCACGUUGGCGAGGGCAAAGUGGCUGUGGCGGCGCCAUGCCCGGGCCGGAGUGAGUGCGCGAGGGCGAAAAUGGCGUACAUCCAGUUGGAACCAUUAAACGAGGGUUUUCUUUCCAGAAUCUCCAGUCUGCUGCUGUGCAGGUGGACUUGCCGGCACUGCUGCCAGAAGUGCUACGAGUCCAGCUGUUGCCAGUCGAACGAGGACGAAGUGGAGAUUCUGGGACCUUUUCCUGCACAGACCCCGCCCUGGCUGGUGGCCAGCCGGAGCAGUGACAAGGAUGGUGACUCUGUCCACACGGCCAGUGAAGUCCCGCUCACCUCACGGACCAGCUCCCCGGAUGGGAGGCGCUCGUCCUCAGACACAUCCAAGUCCACAUACAGCCUGACCCGCAGGAUCUCAAGUUUGGAGACAAGGCGGCCCAGCUCCCCACUCAUCGAUAUCAAACCCAUUGAGUUCGGCGUGCUCAGCGCCAAGAAGGAGCCCAUCCAACCCUCGGUGCUCAGACGGACCUAUGUGCCCGACGACUACUUCCGUAAGUUCGAGCCCCGGCUGUAUUCACUGGACUCGAGCAGCGAUGACAUGGACUCGCUGACGGACGAGGAGAUCUUGUCCAAGUACCAGCUGGGCAUGCUGCACUUCAGCACUCAGUAUGACCUGCUGCACAACCACCUCACCGUGCGGGUGAUUGAGGCCCGGGACCUGCCGCGCCCCAUCUCCCACGAUGGCUCACGCCAGGACAUGGCGCACUCCAACCCGUACGUCAAGAUCUGUCUGCUGCCCGACCAGAAGAACUCCAAACAGACUGGGGUCAAGCGCAAGACGCAGAGGCCCGUGUUUGAAGAGCGCUACACCUUCGAGAUCCCCUUCCUGGAAGCCCAGAGGAGGACCCUGCUGCUCACGGUGGUGGAUUUUGAUAAGUUCUCGCGCCACUGUGUCAUUGGCAAGGUGUCCGUGCCCUUGUGUGAAGUGGACCUGGUGAAGGGCGGACACUGGUGGAAGGCUCUGAUCCCUAGCUCCCAGAAUGAGGUGGAGCUGGGGGAGCUGCUGCUCUCGCUGAAUUACCUUCCCAGUGCCGGGAGACUGAAUGUGGACGUCAUCCGAGCCAAGCAGCUUCUUCAGACAGAUGUGAGCCAAGGUUCAGAUCCCUUUGUGAAAAUCCAGCUGGUGCACGGACUCAAACUUGUGAAAACCAAGAAGACAUCCUUCUUAAGAGGCACCAUCGAUCCCUUCUACAAUGAAUCCUUCAGCUUCAAAGUGCCCCAGGAGGAACUGGAAAACGCCAGCCUCGUGUUUACAGUGUUCGGCCACAACAUGAAGAGCAGCAACGACUUCAUCGGAAGGAUCGUCAUUGGCCAGUACUCCUCAGGCCCCUCUGAGUCCAACCACUGGCGGCGAAUGCUCAACACGCACCGCACGGCCGUGGAGCAGUGGCACAGUCUGCGGUCGCGGGCCGAGUGUGACCGCGUGUCUCCAGCCUCCUUGGAGGUGACCUGAUAUGACCUG